CAGCUCGACACCAUAAUGGCGACUUGUCACGUCACUAUUUUUCUUUGAGACCUACACGUCAACGUCAUCUUAGUUUCGUUUAAUGAUAGGUGUAAUGUUUAAUGAAAAAUUAGUUUUUUAGAUAAUUUGUGCCAUUAACACGAAUUCACAAUGGUACUAAUUGCGGCAGCAGUAUGCACGAAAGCAGGCAAAACGAUCGUGUCGCGGCAAUUCGUCGAAAUGACGAAGGCUCGCAUCGAAGGGCUGCUAGCGGCUUUUCCGAAGUUAAUCCCAACUGGCACCCAGCACACUUUCGUCGAAACCGAUUCGGUACGUUACGUGUAUCAGCCUUUAGAAAAACUUUACAUGCUGCUCAUCACCACUAGGGCGAGUAACAUAUUAGAAGAUCUGGAGACCUUGCGGUUGUUUGCACGAGUGAUCCCAGAGUACUGUAGGACAUUAGAUGAGAGUGAAAUAGCAGAAAACGCCUUUUCCCUGAUAUUCGCUUUCGAUGAAAUCGUAGCUUUAGGUUAUAGAGAGAGCGUGAAUCUGUCUCAAAUUCGCACGUUCGUGGAAAUGGAUUCGCACGAAGAAAAAGUCUACCAAGCCGUCAGACAGACUCAAGAACGUGAAGCGAAGAAUAAAAUGAGAGAAAAAGCUAAAGAAUUGCAAAGGCAAAAAAUGGAGGCACAAAAGAAAGGCGGCAAGGCUAUGUUCGGAAAUAGCGGAGGCUUCGGUAGCUCUACGACUUACACUCCUACACCAUCUAUUGGUGAUAUUGCUGUACCGACCAACGAUGUCAAACCUCCUUCCUACACACCAUCCGCUACCCAAAAACCGCGCGGAAUGAAAUUAGGAGGAAAGACCAGAGACGUGGAAUCCUUUGUAGAUCAGCUAAAAUCCGAAGGUGAACACGUCAAUGCUCCAAACAAGAAUAGCAUCUCGCAGCCCGGAACUAAAGCCCCCGCUAUCAAAACGGAUAUCGAUGACGUUCAUUUGAGAUUAGAAGAGAAACUGAUCGCUAUAAUGGGUCGCGAUGGCGGCGUGCAGCAGUUCGAAAUAUUAGGCUUGGCAACGUUGCACGUAGGAGACGAGAAAUGGGGCAGAAUAAGGGUGAAGUUGGAGAACAGUAAUACGCACGGAGUUCAGCUUCAAACGCACCCGAAUGUCGAUAAGGAACUGUUCAAAUUACGUUCAGAAAUUGGUUUGAAACAGCCUUCGAAACCAUUCCCGCUGCACACCGACGUUGGUGUGUUAAAAUGGCGAUUGCAGAGUACUGACGAAGCCCUAGUGCCUCUACUAAUAAACUGUUGGCCUUCUGAAGCGGGAGACGGCAGUUGCGAUGUGAAUAUUGAAUACGAACUUGCCCACACUAACUUAGAAUUAGUGGACGUUAAUAUUACAAUCCCUUUGCCAAUUGGUUGCUCUCCAAUAGUGGGUGAAUGCGAUGGUUCAUAUACUCACGAAGCAAAAAGAAAUCAUCUCGUAUGGAACUUGCCGGUGAUUGAUGCCAGCAACAAGACGGGUUCUUUAGAAUUCAACGCGCCCCGAGCUAUUCCCAAUGAUUUCUUCCCGCUAUCGGUCGGAUUUACUUCAAAAUCGUCCUACGCUAGUAUUACAGUAACUGAAGUAGUUCUCGUUGAUGACUAUUCUCCUAUUAAACACUCCGUGGAAACAGUACUCUAUCCGGAAAAAUAUGAAGUUGUGUAAUGGAUUAGAAAUGCUCGAGGUUUGAGUAAAUGAAUCAAUUGUAAAUUAUAUACUAAUACUAUUAUUAUCUAAUAUGCAAUGUUGCUUUUUGUACAAAAGUUAUAAGUAACUUGUCUUUAUUUUAUCUAUAUUAAUAAAAUAAGUGAAAAA